GUUACACAAAACGCUCGUUCAGUACUAUUGCGCGCGGCAACCGCUGCGUACGCCUUUGAAAUACACAAGUAAUUAUACGUACUAAGUACGUUAUUAGUACUUGUUGUUAGUGUAAAAAAAUAAACGUUAUUUUAUUGGUACAGAGAUUAGAGUAAUCGAACGUUAAAAUAGAAUUACGAUAAUUUGGUACCAUUGGAAUACGGUGGACUUGGUUGUGCAGUGGUUGAUCGUCUGUUCCAGUUUUCGACGUUCGAUUUUCGAAAAGGGAACGGUGGCAAUAAGGUACUGACGGAACGAGCAUGCUGAUUUAGAAUCAAAGAAGAACACAGACAAAACAGACCGGUUUCGAAAACCAAAAAAAUACAAAAUGGCGCCACAGGAAAGAACGUCAGUCUGCGAGCAACAGGAGGAGGAUUCCCGCCAAAAUUCCAUAGACAACAAGCUUUCGAACAUCGACCUCGGCGCUGGUUUCGUGAACAAGGCGUACGUCAGCGAUCCCAAAGAUGUUGCCAGCGCAAAUAAAACGGGCGAUGGUAGAAAGGAGGAUAAGAAUCCUCCGAAGAAGGCGACGGAUUUCGAUGACUUACUGCCUUAUGUAGGUGAAUUCGGAUUGUACCAAAAGAUACUGUUCCUGCUCAUGAUACCGUUUGCGUUUUUCGUCGCCUUCGUGUAUUUCUCGCAAAUAUUCAUGACUAUCGCUCCUGAACAACAUUGGUGCUGGAUACAGGAGUUGGCGAAUCUCACAGUCGAAGAGAGACGCGCGUUAGCCAUCCCCCCGAACACGGACGGGCCGUACCCACACGAGCGAUGCCGCAUGUACUCCGCGAACUGGGCCGAGGCACUGGCCGAGGGUAGGACGACACCAGACGACGAAUGGCCCAUCAUACCUUGCACCAACGGCUGGGAGUACAACAGCAGCGACGUGCCUUAUGAAACCAUCGCAUCCCAACUGGACUGGGUGUGCGACAAGGAUAACCUGGCAGCGACUGCUCAGGCCAUCUUCUUCUGCGGUGCUAUAGUCGGUGGUCUAGUGUUUGGAUGGAUAGCCGAUAAGUACGGAAGGAUCCCAGCUUUAAUGGGCACCAACCUGAUAGGUUUCGCAGCGGGCGUCGGCACCGCAUUCUGCGACAGUUUCUGGUCGUUCGCGCUCUGCAGGUUCCUUGUGGGCCUGGCUUUUGACAACUGCUUUACGAUGAUGUAUAUUCUAGUUCUCGAAUACGUCGGCCCCAAAUGGAGGACUUUCGUAGCCAACAUGUCGAUAGCCCUCUUCUUCACUGCUGCUGCCUCCCUCCUACCUUGGAUCGCGUUGUGGGCAGACGAUUGGAGGAUAUUCGCACUAGGGACCAGUGUGCCCUUCGCAUUGGCUGUGGCGACGCCUUGGCUGGUACCGGAGAGCGCGAGAUGGUUAGUCUCCCAAGGCAAGAUCGACAAGGCUCUGAUCAUCAUGAAGAAAUUCGAGAGAAUCAACAAGACCAAGAUACCUGAGAAAGUGCUCGGUGAAUUCACUGAAGCCUCCCUGAAAACCAUUAAGGAUUGCGAAGCCGAUGGCCGUUCAUACUCAGUGUUAGACCUCUUCAAAACGCCACGUCUCAGAAGGAACGCUAUCCUCCUAAUAGUUAUAUGGAUGGCUAUAUCCCUAGUCUUCGACGGACAUGUCAGGAACGUCGGUUCCCUGGGAUUGGAUCUUUUCCUGACGUUCACUAUUGCGUCAGCGACGGAGUUGCCCGCUGACACAUUCUUGACCGCUGUUUUAGACAGAUGGGGCAGGAGAUGGUUGGCCUGCGGUUCUAUGGUUAUCAGUGGAAUUUUCAGUCUACUAGCCACCGCUGUGCCAAUUGGUGGGCCAUCAGCAUCUUUAGCCAUCAUGGGACGGUUUGCCGUCAACAUAUCUUACAAUAUUGGUCUUCAAUACGCCGCUGAACUACUGCCUACCGUAGUCAGAGCUCAAGGAGUAGCUUUGAUCCAUAUUAUGGGAUACGUGGCUUCCAUACUUGCACCAUUUGUGGUGUAUUUGGCUAACAUCUCCCAAGAUCUACCUCUCUUGAUUCUUGGAGUAUUAGGAAUAAUCGGCGGUCUUCUAUGCCUGUUCCUACCUGAGACCAUGGACACGGAAAUGCCCCAAACCCUGCAGGACGGGGAGAACUUUGGCAAAGAUCAGAAGUUCUGGGACAAUCCUUGCUUCCCUAGGAAAACCAAACAAGACGCAGAGAACCCUGGUCAGUACAGAAGACGCAUCUCAGUAUCGAGUAGUCGCGAAGACCAUUUCGUCAGAGCAUUUCCCGCCGUAGGCUCCAGAGCAUCUAUUAGAGCAUCGAUUCGGGCUUCCACCAGAUCAAAACAACACAACCCUGAGCACAGAAACGAAGUCGUUUGAGGUAUUCCACCCUAAUACUAGGUAUUUAGGAUCUAAAUUCCAUUACAUUUGCACCUUGAAAAAUACAAAAACAUGAUGUGUGUAUUUUAAAUGUUAUUAAGUCAAAAAUUGUUGAUAUAUUGACGACUGUAUAGUAGAAGUGGAUUGUAGAGAUCGGGACAAAUUGAAACGUGCAUUAUUUAAAAUAUUUAUUGAUGUAUAAUUGAAACAUUUAAAAGAUAAAUUUUAGUCAAAUCAAAAUAAUAUUUCGUCUUUUGGUGAUUAUUGAAAUCAAAAUAUGUACCUAUGAAGGUGAAGCCAUGUUAUAAAUAAUGGCAUUGAGAACCAGUAAGAUAACUUAUCGAUAACUCUUUGAACAGUGUGACUUUGAAGUCAAGUUAUUUAUUUAGUUGUCAAAAGAAGCUUUAUUUAUUUAAUUGGAGUAAAAUUGGUGUAAAUAUUAUUAAAAUUUGUGUGUGUUCUAGUUGUGGAUGAUGUAUUGACCAAAGGAAUUAAAUUUUGUUGAGUGAAAGAGACUUGUAGGUGCUUCUUAAUCUUAAAAAUUGAUUCCUAGUUAAGACUCAUACUAUUGUAAAAAUUAAGAAUAGAUAGUUUAAAAAUAUGGAAAAAAGAUAAGCUUUUCUUGAUAAGUGCCAGGGUUGUGUUAAUACCCAAUCGAAUAAAUAAUUAUGAAUAUUAAUUGUGAGUGAAAUAUAAUUUAAUGAAAUAUAAUAGGUUAACCAUUUUGAAUCUUGCCGUAGGUAAUUCAGUAACGCAUAAUUUCUUGUAAUACAUAAUAGUGACAUUUGAUUUGAUAUUUUUUGUGUGUGACGAUGACUGUUGUCUUAUAAUAUUUUCAAGAAGCCUUUCGCUAGAGUUUCUAAGUUUGAUAGUGUACAAAUACCAUUUCCUAUUCAUGUGAUAAAAUUUAUUUAGUACAAAGUUGAUGUAACACUACUAUUAUAAUUAUAAUAAAGUAUAGGGCUUUCGUUUGAUACAAAGGCAAGAUCUGUUUUUAGAAUGUGACGCUCUCUAAGUUACCUUUUUUUCCGAUUGUAUAAAUAUAUUUGGAGGACCACUUAUCUUUUACUAAAGUGAAGAAUAUAGAAAAAUAUCAGGCAUUUUUGCAGUAAGAAAAACCAGCAGCAUUUUUUUCACUGUCGAAGAUAAGCAAACAGUUAUCCUAGACAUUGGAACAGAGUUGGAAAACAAAGCAAUGUUUCGAUUGAUCUCGUCGCAUUGAUAAAAUAUGGCUGGCAGUAUGAACAGCCAAAGCUUAACUUAAAUAGUAAUUUAUAUUAUUUACGGGAUAACUACCAUGUACCUAGGAUUUCUACUGCGUUUUUACCGAGUAUCCGAUAUUUCGGCAAUGUUGUAUGCGCCAUAAUCACACAGUAACUGGUACCUGGCUAAAAUAACAAGCUAUGUGGUAGUAACUAGCAUAAUGUUAGUAAACAUAAAUGUUAAGGCAAUAUUUAUCAAAGCUAUUCAAUCAUAUACUCUUUUAUUGACACGGAAUCUUCUAUGAGCCGUGGAUUUGAAACGCUGGGAACAGUUAGUGCAGUAACAUUUAUAAGAUCUUGUAACAGCGUAAACUGAAUAAAUGAUAUAGUAUUUGGAUUUACGGUUAUUGAAUGAGGUAUCAGCAGUUCUAUUCUGCAACACACACUUUUCACCUCGAGAUCAAGGAUCAGGGAUGUUAUUUCAAAUUAGGACAUGAAUUUUUAAAUAAAUUUCAUUUUAAAUCACACCGGCGAAUUGCAUGGUAGAUGUAAGAUUGUUCUGACAGAAAAGCACGGCUGAUCAUAUCAAGUUUCCUCAUCAGCGAUGGGACAAUAAAUUGUCUUAAGAUAUAUGCGAACCGUAUUUACCUUGUCAAUCGGUAAGAUAAUGUUUCAUAUCUUAUGUAUGUAGCCUUCAGGAAAAUGGAAGCAAGUAUUGUAAAGGUUGAAUUUAUUGAUAUCUUCAUGAAUAUAAAGUGUUUACGCGGAGAUAUUAAAGAACAUAUAAAUUGAGAUCACAGUAGCUAUUGGACGCAAGCUCGACAUUGUGUCGUUAUCUACGAGAUUGAUUUGUCUUGAUUGUAACAAUUGAUUUGAAACAGUAAAAUAAAAUUAGAAACACAUUUCGAAAAAUAGGAAUUACAGAAACUUUAGUGUGCUUUUAUGUCACAACGAAGAAAACUAAACUUUUAAAGUUAUUUAUUAGUGGCUAUUGUGGGCUAUCCGCUUAUUUAUUUAUAAUUACCACUGGCACUGAACCACCUAUGUCAACAAGGAUUGGUAUGCUCUGAAUUGAAACGGAAAAAAAAUUAAAUCAAACUAUUUAUUGCAACCAUAAUGUGUACAGUGGUAGGUACUUCUAUAAAUAUGAGCAAUAAGGACACCGCCAGCACGCAAUUUUUUAAAAGAAGAGAGAAUGCGCUUCCCAAAUGAACAACACGACGACCUCCGUGGCCGAGUGGAUUGUACGCCGGGUUUCAUGAUGUCGCCGACUCGAGAGGGCCCGAGUACGAAUCCCUGUGGGGGCAGAUGUGUUUGUGAUGAAUACGUGCAUUUAUACUCCAGUCAUGGAUGUUUAAUAUGUAUUUCUAUAUAAAUAUACUUAUAUAUGUAUUCUAUCCGU